AUGUCGUGCUUGACCUGCAGAAGCAAAAAGUUGAAAUGCGACCGCCUUUUGCCAUCUUGUAGCCGUUGUACACAAUCAGGCGAAGACUGUGUUUUUCCCGGCUCGAGGAAGACAAUAACCGGCAGACCAAGGAAGAUCCGUGAGCUCGAGACGAAGCUAGUUCAACUCGAGCAUCAACUUGCGGCCUUCCAAGCGAAUCAACAACAAGCAUCAGAAGAAGAUACAGUUGACCAACCAAUUGCUCGAGAAACAAGCAACUCGCUCGAAAUACCCAUAGAGGAUGACCAGACUUCUCAUGGAUCACAACCGGCUACAAUUGAGACAUACUUUGACAAUAUGGGGUGGGCCGCCCCAAUGAUUCACAAGGCGCGCUUCAUGGAAUCACUAUCUCAGCAGGCAACUCGUCAGACCCCAAAAUGCCUGAUAUAUAUCAUAAUGGCUUUAGGGGCAAGUGUUUCACGGAACAAUCAGGUCGUGGCAAAAACCUUUUAUCAGUGUGCCAAGGCUCAAGCCAGAUCAACCGACUCAAAGGGCGAAGGACAAGACUCCAUCACAUUAUCUCACAUUCAAUACUGGGCUUUAGUGGCCAACUUUGAAGCACAGCAAAUGAUGUUUUCUCAAGCAGUAAACAGUUUAUGUCGAGGCAUCCGUACUGCGCAGCUGCUUCACCUCCAUCGGCUCGACAAACAGAGUGAAGAUUCUGCAGUCGCCUCUGCUGAGGAUUGGAUUGAAUUGGAAGAGAGACGUCGCACUUGGUGGGUUCUCUUUAUAGCGGACCGCCUGGUUUGCGGCACAACGGGUUUGCCCUUGUGCAUUGAUGAGCGAGAGACUUCGACAUUGCUUCCGACCACAGAAGAGGCAUUCGCAGAGGGACGUAGAGAGCUCACCGAGACUCUAGAAUCUGCCCUAAGUCUGAGAUCAGUGGGACAGUCCAUUCUCACUAUUAGAGUCAUUGCAGCACUUUUCUUUCAGCACACGUUGGAGCAUACAUCUCCAAUUAGCCCAAGCAGUUGUUUGGAAGUCGAACAGGAUGAGUUCUGGAAUCAGCACCGUCGGCUUGAUAACGAUCUCUCUUUAUUGUUGAUGAAUCUGCCCGAUACUGCUCGUCUAUCGAACUUCCCCAGCAAUCCAGACGCGGUUAUGAUCAACACCCAUAUACAUGCCGCCAUCAUCAGCCUUCAUCGCGGAGGGCUAUGGAACAUCCGCUACUCGGAUAACAGCGCUGGGGAGGAUCAAUGGGUGAGACAACAAGCUCGCCAAAGUCAUGGACGACUCCUCAACUCGGCGGAAGAGAUCGCACAUAUCCUCCGCAUGGCACCGGACUGCAGGAUGACUUUUAUUAAUCCGAUCCUCAACUUUGCGGUUUAUCUAGCCAUCCUAGUUUUCAUUGAAGACUACUUGGAAAGACAGAAGCAGCAAAGUGAGGACACGGCCCAGUUUCUACUCUCUGUGUUGGUUACAAUCAGCCAAGAUAAUGCCGUGGCCAAGUCAUUGGCAAACCAAGUUGCUAGAGAUAUGUACUACGUGGGCAUAGAAGUACCACCGGACCUGGUGAGUAUUCCAUCAUUUGAGCACCUCGACGAAGUUUCCAAGCGCUAA